CAUUGAAAAUAUUGGUGAAGAAACCAAAGAACAAAUUUUCAGGAUGAAUAGGCUGCCUUUCUAUCAGGACACUUGAAAAUUAAGUUUGUCUGAAAUGAUAUUGGGAGCAUCGACUGUUACAACUGAAAACAAAUUAAGCAAAAUACAAAUUGUAGAAACACGUGUAUAUAAAUACUUGGUUUCCGUUUUUGAUCAAGCGAUUAAUCAAGGUUUCCACUAACAAUCCAAUUACAAGAAACGGAAAUGGCUUCUGGGAAUUCUCAGGUAACUGUAAGCCGCAGCUUUUGCAUGAUAGAAGAAGGUGAUGCCAUGGAGAAUAAGUGCAUUAAACGACGCCGAAGAGACCCUUCUGUGGUCAAUAGUACACUGAGCUCCAAUGUUAAUGAGCAUGAGCAAGCUCACCGGAAACAGGGUGAUCAAACUGUUGCUGCUGCUUCUGCCACUACUGUGAAGAGAAGUUCGAGAUUUCGUGGAGUGAGCAGACACCGAUGGACUGGAAGAUUUGAAGCUCAUUUAUGGGAUAAAGGGUCUUGGAAUCCAACGCAGAGGAAGAAGGGAAAACAAGUAUAUCUUGGAGCUUAUGAUGAAGAAGAAUCUGCAGCAAGAGCAUAUGAUUUGGCUGCUCUCAAGUACUGGGGAACUUCAACUUUCACAAAUUUUCCGGCAUCUGACUAUGAGAAAGAAAUAGAAAUAAUGAAAAAUGUAACAAAAGAGGAGUACCUGGCCAAUCUAAGAAGGAGAAGCAGUGGAUUCUCAAGAGGGGUAUCAAAAUACAGAGGAGUUGCAAGGCACCAUCACAAUGGAAGAUGGGAAGCAAGAAUAGGGAGAGUGUUUGGAAACAAGUAUCUCUAUCUUGGCACUUACAGUACCCAAGAGGAGGCUGCUCGUGCUUAUGAUAUUGCGGCCAUAGAAUACAGAGGGAUUAAUGCUGUUACCAACUUUGAUUUAAGCACAUACAUAAGAUGGCUGAGACCAGGAGCUGACCCUUCUCCUCCUCCUGCCCGUGAAUCAAAAUCAACUGCAGACAUUUUGCAGCCAAUUACAACCUUCUCUAACCACAUUAGUCCAAUCGAUAAGACUACCCCACAACAGCUACCUAUUCUCCACUCUGAUAAUCCAUACAUUGUUGAGGAUUUAAACAGACCUUUAAAGCAAGAUAUUUUUCAGACAAAUCCACCUAUUAGUCCUUGCACCAAGACAUCUUCUUCCCCAACUGCGCUUAGCCUCCUGCUUAAAUCUUCCAUGUUUAAAGAGCUGGUGGAGAAGAACUUAAAUGCCGAUGAAAAUGAUGAUGCUGAGGUGAAAGUAGUUCCAGAGAUCGGUAACAAUGAAGUCCGAGAGAUUUUCUACAAUGGAAUCAGUCAUAUUCCUUUUCCUUAUCUCUGCCCUUCCGAUGGGGAUGCAUUGCCGUUAUACAAUAGAACGGGACACUCCCUCUAGAAUAAGAUUCUCAGGUAUUUUUCACAUCAACUAACAAUUUCAACUUCUCUUUCAUUUUUUUUUUUUUU